UGAAGCGUUUCCUUAUUCCGGAAGUUAGAAGUUGCGAAACUUGACUGUAAGAAUUUUGUGAAGACGGCCCUCAGUGAUAUAGGAUUGUGGUCGGCUAGGCAAGCUUUACUUUUGAUGAGAAGACACCGAGUUCAAAAAAAUGCACUCUCACAGACAUAUGAAUCCCGCUGUCUUAUACCUUCUAUAUUUCUUCGUUGUCUCAGUCUCGCCUCUCAGCGAGCAUCCAAAACUCAUAAUCAUAUCAUUUGAUGGCUUUCGACACGACAAGUUGGACCCAAGAUUAGUACCAAAUCUAGCAAAAUGGGCUUCCUUAGGAGUUCAAUUUACCAAUGGAUUAACAUCGCAAUAUCCUUCCUUUACUGCUGUAAACCACAUGUCUAUUUCUACAGGGCUUUUCACUGAAAGCCACGGCAUUGUUUCAAAUGUUUUCUAUGACAGGGCUUUGAGCAAAAUAUACGAUUAUUGGAAUGAGACUAAAAUACCAGGAAUUAUCAAAGAGUCAAUAGAUGGACUGUGGUAUAGAGGCGAACCAAUCUGGGUGACAAACGAAAGAGAUGGUCCGGGGAGGCGUUCCGCGAGUUUAUACUGGCCAUAUGGCGAGGUUCCGUUUCCUACAAAUCCAUCAAGGCCUUCCAUAUACAGGAAUUGGGUUGAUUUUCGCCCUCUGGAGGAAUGGAAGAGUGAUGCUGAUGAAAUAGUUCGGCUGUUUACUGAUGCUUAUUCGCCCGUCAACUUCGUUUCUUGGUAUAUCGCCGAACCUGAUCAUUGUUUACAUACGCAUGGCUAUCACGAUGGUCACUAUAAGGAAAUGAUGCGAAAGCUCGACACUCUCUUUGAUUACUUCUUAAGAAGAAUGAAAGCGAGUGGUCUCGAAGACAAAGUGAAUAUCAUAUUUACAGCCGACCAUGGACACAUUCAGGUCAAUGGAGUAGACAAUGUAUUAUGCGUCGAGGACUACGUGGACAUGAACCGCAUACGCUGGGCAUUCAAUAUGAUUUACGCAGAAGAUAGGAAGCAUGCAGAUCAAAUGUACACGUCGUUGAGUCAAGCCGUAAAAGAAAACCACCUCAAAGUUAAAAUUUUCAGGAAAGAGAAUUUCGAUGAUCGCUGGCAUUUUACUGGAAUAAGUUCGAGGAUUGGAGACAUUAUACUCGAACCAGAAGCCGGUUACGAUGUCCAGUUCAACUGCGGCUAUGUAAAAGAAGCAAAGAAGCAAAGUAGAGAUUUGCAUUCAUCAACUCAUGGAAUAAACCCAGAUGAUCCCGGUAUGCGCGCAGUGCUUGUCUUGCGUGGGCCAAGCUUUGCAAAAACUCAAAAAAUAACGCGGAUUCCUCAAAACAUUGAUCUCUAUCCUUUAAUGUGCUACCUCCUUGGAAUCAAACCUGCUCCAAACAAUGGAUCAAUGGUUGUAUUUCAAACAACUGUUGAAUUUACAGAAAAGCAAAGAAGAUUUUAUCAUGGUUUUACCAUAAUUGUGGUACCCCUUGUUGGCAUGAUAGUAUUGCUGAUAGUUGUGGCAGCAACGCAGUGCUGUAAAGGAUUGUGUAUCAGCGAACGUGCAAUAUCGGAACAGAGUGGUCGCAGCGCUGCAUCUAUCGAACUUGGUGAAAAACAUAAAGCAGAGGAAGAACGUGGUUCAUCGUCACAAGAGAUCAAAAGCCCUUGA